AAAAGAGAAACCGAAAGUGAAACAGUUUUUCCCACGGAUUUAUAUUUAUAAAUCUUUUUUUCCCAAAGUUGACUGGUAAUUUGAUUUAUUAGAAUUCAAGUAAACUGUUAACAGAGAGCAUGGGAAAUUGCAAAGGGAAAAAUUCCAAAGAAAGUAAAAGCCAGAUGAGAGGGGAAGCUUAUAGACCUACCAGUAGUAAACCAGAUACUAUGCAAGGACAAGAGACAGGCAAUGUAGGGGAUAAACUAGAUAAUAAGAAUGGUAACAAAGAGGAUGCAGUAGUUACAAAUGAUAAGUUACCAUUUGUAAAUUCAGAAACCCUAACAAAAUCUGAAACUGUGUUACAGGGUACCAGUACAAACAAAAGUGUAUCUGAUACAAAUGGAUUAAAAGCAAAUGAUCACAUGGGAAAACAAGAUAAAAAACAGCUUGAAUCAGAUGCCAUUCCAGAAAAACCUGUUGAAAAACCAAAUAAAGAUGUACUAUCUACAGAAAAUAUUAAAAACAAUAGAGAAGAGAUGAAUUUGAACGAGGUUCCAACAGGCAUUUCAUUGAAAGUUCCUGGAUCCAAGUCAGAUGAUGCAGAAAUUGACAAGCCCUAUUUAUUUUCCAAAGGAGUUCCAGGAGAAGAACCACAAACUGAAGAUUCAGGUUUUACCUACAAAAUAACUGGUGUAAAAGAUCCAGCACCUACAGAUCAAAGUAGUAGCUCUCAUGAGACUGUUCCAACUGAAAAAGCAAUAGAUGAAGACAAAAGCUCAACAACAGAGGAUGACAAGUUACAGCCGGAAAAUACUUCAUCUGACAAGUUACAGCCUAAAAAUACUCCGUCUGAUAAGUCACAGCCUGAAAAUGCUCCAUCUGAUAACCAACAGAACAAUAAUGAUUCUACAGGCUAUAAUCGUUCUAAAUUUUCUAAUCCUGGUGAUGAACAGGAUAAAAAAAUGUCAAAGGAAAUGAAAGAAAUUGAUGGUAAAAAAAAGAAAAAAAAGAAAAAGAAACCAGAUAAAUAUGAUCCACCUCCAAAUGCUAACAUACAAAACUAUUAUGGAAAUGUAGAUGUGUUAAACCUUGGUAAUGGUAAUGUUUACAUGGGUAAAAAGGAGAAAGAAGAGGAAAAAGUAUUUUCCAAAGGAGUUCCAGGAGGAGAACCACAAACUGAAGACUUAGGUUUUACCAACAAAUUAACUGGUAUAAAAGAUCCAGCAUCUACAGAUCAAAUAAGCAGGUCAAAUGAGAUUGUUCCAACAGAUAAUACAAUAGAUGAAGACAAAAGCUUAACAAAGGAGGUUGACAAUGUACCAACAGAAAAAGCUAGUGGAAAUGUUUCAGAGCCCAUUGUGGAAAACAGAAGUAACCAAUCAAAUGAACUUAAAAAUGAUUCAACAGAAAAACCAUCUGACCAGUUUCAGCCUGGGAAUACUCCAUCUUACAAGUUGCAGCCUGGAAAUUAUCCAUCUGACAAGUUACAGCCUGGAAAUUAUCCAUCUGACAAGUUACAGCCUGGAAAUACUCCAUCUGACAAGUUACAGUCUGGAAAUACUCCAUCUGAUAAGUUAAAGCCUGAAAAUGCUCCAUCUGACAACCAACAGAACAAUGAUGAUUCUACAGGCUAUAAUAGUUCUAAAUUUUCAAACCCUGGUGAUGAACAGGAUGAAAAAAUGUCAAAGGAAAUGAAAGAAAUUGAUGGUAAAAAAAGAAAGAAGAAGAAAAAGAAACGAGAUAAAUAUGAGCCUCCUCCCAAUGCUAACAUACAAAACUAUUAUGGAUAUGUAGAUGUGUUAAACCUUGGUAAUGAUAAUGUUUACAUGGGUAAAAAAGAGAAAGAAGAGGAAAAAGCAGAUCCUAUAAGGCCAACAACUACUUGUAGUUUAGAAACAAUGAAAGUUUUGACAGAGGUUGCCAAAUCUGUGGGAUAUAUAACAGGACGUAUAGAAUCUGGAACAUGUUGGAGGGUUGGCAAUGAUAAGAUUAUUACUGCUGCACAUGUUGUUCUGGGUAAUAUAAAUAAUACCGAAGAUAAAACAUCUAAUGAAAAACUUUUGAAAACAUUUGACGUAGAUUUUGAUUAUAUAAGUGAAAAAUCACAGAGUUUUUUCAAAGUUGAACCAAGAGUAUUGUUUAUGGAUGAAAGUUUGGAUGUUGCCGUUCUCCAGCUGAUACCUGAUGACCGGAAGCCGUUUCCUCCUCCACUUAAGAAGUUUUAUAGACUUAAUCCUAAAAAAGAUGAGGAUAAACAUAUUUAUUUGAUCAGUCAUAAUAAAGGUAUAAAAAAAGAAGUCAACUCUGGAAUAGGUAUUUGGAAUCCAACAGAGAAAAGAAUGGAAGAUCUUGAAAGGUUUUGUCAAAAAUAUGGACAACAGAAUGGUUACAUAGAACUGGACAGAAAAGAUAGAUUAGUUAUUCAGUGUGAAUUUGUUGGUGGAGCUUCAGGGAGUCCUGGCAUUGUUAUUUUUAAUAAUGUGGCUCAUGUUGUUUUUGUUUAUAUUAGGGGAUUUCCUUCUUUUUAUUAUAGUAAAAAGUUUACUGGAGAACAAAAAAGAAAAUAUCCUAGUGAAAAGCUACUUCAGCAAGGAGUCAAUAUCGGCGAUCUGUUUAACACAAUGUCCAAAAAGGCAGUAAACUUAACACUUCGUAAUGAGAUAUUUCCUGUGGAAGCAAAACUUGAGCAGACUAUAAAUCAGCACCAACUGGCUAUAACUGGUGACAAAACAUCAAGCAAUACUAAUAAAACAGAAACACCAAUUGACAUUGUGAAGGGUAAAAUGGACAAUAUCAGUUCAAAAUCAGAAUUGAAAAUAAUUCCUAUUUCUAAAGGUAUAGUUUGCACUGAUCAAAGUGAAAACAAGAUUCCAGAUGCAGCAAGUUAUAAAAGACUGACGUCACAUGUUUCUGUCCAUGGUCAAACUUGUAUGUCAUCACCAGAAGAGGAUACAUAGACAAUAACUGUUAAGAGUCUUUAAAUAUCAUCUGUAUUUGUACGAGGCUAAGAAACAGGUGUAAUGCGAGCUUCAGCGAGCUAUUACUCCUGUUUUGAGCCGAGUACAAAUACAGCUGAUAUUUAAAGACACUAAACAGUUAUUGUCUUUAUCCUGCAAUAAAUUUUGUACAUUUUUUUCCAUCCCAAUCGUUGAAUUUGUUCGUUGAAUUUGUUUUUCAAAGAAAUUGACAUGACUUAAAGGCGGACCGCAAUGAGGACCCCAAAUUGAACUGUGACGUAAAAACAGUAAUUUGACAUGACUGCUAGCUCGCAACAGAAGCAGGAUACCAGGAGACUAUAUGAGUCUGGUAUACGUAUAUUGCUUCGUUGUAUCUGUACACCUGCAUUAGUAUAGUAGAAAGGUCGAUUGCAGGAUAAAGACAGAUACAAUAACGCUGGUAACCAGCUAGCGCAAAAUAUUGAAACUGAUGGCAAAUGUACAGUACAAGGUAAAUAAUCUUUUCUCAAUACUUUUUCCAACAUGGUGAUUAUUUUGUUAAACUCUUCUGUGGGUUGUUUUAUUCCAGUACUCCUUGGUUGCACUCUAAUAAUGAUAUGUCACUUUGCCUUGACAUUGUCUUGUAAAAAGGAUAUUUUUUUAAAUCUUUGAAGUAUUUUUUUACAUGGAAGGGACUUAUGAUAGAACAGACUUCUGCUAUCAUAUGCUAAAUAAAUGGUAAAAUAAGAAAGGCUAGGAGGCAACUCUAGGAAAAUUAAUACAGAGUUUGUUCUCAUCCUAGAUUUCUGAAAAUGGAAGUGUUGGAGAGAAUCGAAAGAAUUAAAAUUAGCCAUUUUAAAAGUGACAGAGGUUUUCAGUAGGAAGGAGUAAGUGUUAUGUAUCUCCAAACUCGAUGUAUACUAAUAUAAAAUAACCAUAAUAAAAGAUAGGAAACUUUGGUGUAAUGGACAGCUUCCUGAUAGCACAGAUGUUCACCAGAAUGAGACAUCUUAAGGUUACCAUAGCGCUUUCGAUGAUGGACACAUGCCUAUACCAUAUAACAAUUUUUAAAAUAAAAAUUGGUAAAUUGAUAUGAAAAAUUUUAUAAAAAAAAGAUUUUAUCUUAUUUUACAUGGCACAGAAUGGAACUUGUUACUAUAGUAAUAAUCAAUGGUACAUGAGCUACAUUAAACAGAUGUAAGGACAGUAGCUGCUCAGGUUUUUUUAAUGGAAUUGGGAAUAGAUUAUGUGUAUAUUUCUUAGAACAACUCCCAAUUCUUUAGAUAUUGUCAUUAUAUUUGCAUCUAUAUACUUUUUUUGGCUGGACAAUGAUGUCUAGGGAUUUUUCUUAUGUAUGAAUUGUAUGGAAAAAAUAAAAGGUUCAUCUCAAUGAAAAAUGAUAUAAAAACAAUAAAAAAAAGUAUAUUCAGAAGUGUAUUUGACAUAUUUUAAACUGGUGUGUGCUAUUUAAAAUAUGGUUUAUUUCGCAUUUUAGACAAAACAAUAUGUAUUGGGCUUCGUCAUAGCAUUUUGUGGAUGUAUAUGAAAUAUUUUUACACUAAUGUGAUUUCUUUUAUCCUUUCAACAAUGUAAUUAUGUUAUUUUUGGAACUAACAUAUACUUUAUCAUGUUUAUAGACAUUAAUAAAAAUGACAAUAAAUCAUUCAGCUAUAAUUCCUGCAAUGUUGGAAAAUCUAGUAAAUUUUAGAUGAUAAAGAAAUUAUGGGCGAAUCAAACAUAAAAAAGCUGAAUUGUAAAAUGAGCUUUUCUCAUCACUUGGCCUCCAUAAUCUGAGGUCUGCCGUUAACUUUUGCAAAAUUGUUCUCUUCUGAGACUACUGGUCCAAAUAGAACCAAACUUGAUCACAAUCAUAAUUUGUGUAUUUAGUUUAAAAAUUGUGUCUUAUGAUCCUGCCUACUAACCAACAUGGUUAACAUGGCUAAAAUAGAACAUAAGGGUAAUAUGCAUGUUUUGUCUAUUAUCUUGAAAACCCUAAUAGAUAGAGAAAAUCAAAAAUUUGCAGAAAUGUUCAAAAUGAUGAUGUCCAUUUACAUAAAAACUGUCAAUACGACUUCUCUUUAACUGUUUCUGUUCUUAGACAUCCUUGGCUUUCAAAUAUUCACCUUGAGUGUUCCUGAUGAAGCUUAAUCUAGAAAAGCGCUCAGACACGUGUUUUCAUUUUUUAUAGGAGUUAUGUUGCCUUAAAAUGACGAAUUUUACCAUUUGUUUUGUUCAUUUUUGCCUAUCAUCUUGAAAAUAUAAUGGAUAGAGAGAAACUUAAUAUAGUAUAAACGAUCAACAAAACAAGAUCUACAAACAAUUUAACAUGGCCGAAAUCAUCAGUCGACUCCUUUUUGGAGCUAUUGCCCUUUACUGAAGAUUUUUACCAAUUUGUUGCGUUUUUGCCUAUUACCUUGAAAACUAUAAUGAAUAUAUAAAUAAAUCUAAUAGAACGCUGGAUAUCAAAAUGGACGUUUGUAUUGGUGUUGCUUGCUAGGAAAUUAAAUAAAAGCAUUCUAAAAGUAAGUUUACAUGUAUCUUUUCAUUUUUAAAUAGUGAAACAACUGGUUAUCUAUAAUAUUUUGACUUCAUCAGAUCAUAAUGGCUGCUCUUACGAACUAGUCUUAUAGGUCUGCUUUGAAGAACAAAAGUGCUAAAUUUUCCUAAUAAAUCUAUAUAUAUGCUCAUUUUUGUACGACUGCAAAAAAAUUGCGUUCGUAUAAUGCUAUCACGUCGUCGUCGUCGUCCGAAGACGUUUAGUUUCCGGAUAAUAACUUUAGUUUAAGUGUCUGGAUCUCUUUGAAAUUGUAGCACAUGGUUCCAUACCACAAUAGGAAGGUUGGAAUUGAUUUUGAAGGUUAUUGUCCUGACUGUUUAGAAAUUACGGGCCAAAAAGGGGCCAAAAACAAGAUGUCGUCUGUAGACAUUUGUCGUCCAAACAUAUUUGGGUUUCCAGACAAUAGCUUGAGUAUAAGUGUAUGGAUCUCUAUGAAAUUGUAGCACAUGGUUCCAUACCACAAUAAGAAGGGUGGGAUUGAUUUUGGGGGUUAUUGUCCUAACUGAUUAGGAAAUAGGGGCCAAAAACAAGUUGUCGUCCGUAGACAUUUGUCGUCCAAACAUAUUUUUGUUUCCAGACAAUAAUUUGAGUAUUAGUGUAUGGAUCUCUAUGAAAUUGUAGCACAAGGUUCCAUCCUACAAUAGAAAAAUUGGGAUUGAUUUUGGAGGUUAUUGUCCCAGCUGUUUAGGAUCUAGGGGUCAAAAACAAGUAUUUUUCUUGUUUCAGGACAAUAGCUCGUGUAUAAGUGUAUGGAUCUCUAUGAAAUUUUACCACAAGGUUCCAUACAUCAAAAGGGAGGUUGGGAUUGAUUUAUAGAUUCAUGGCUAAACGUUUAGGAAAAAUGGGCCAAAAAAAACUAGGAUUUUCUGGUUUCUGCACAAUAGCUUGAGUAUAAGUCUAUGGAUCCGGAUUGCUAUGAAAUUGUACCACAAGGUUCCAUACCAUAAAAGGAAGGUUGGGAUUAAUUUUGGGGGUCACGACCCUAACGGUUUAGGAAAAAGGGGCCAAAAACAAUACUUUUGUGAUUGUUUGCAUAAAAUAAUUGCUUAUUUCUUGACCAAUUUCAAUUGGGUUUAAUUUAAAGUCUUGAAUUCUCAGGGUUCUUUAAUAUGAUGAAUCUAACCGUGGAUUUAGAAUUUGGAUUUUGGGCCCUGUUUUUGAAUUGGUCCAUAAUAAGGUCUAUUAUAAUGUGUCCAAAAUUGAACUUUGUUUGAUUUUAUCAAAAAUUGAAUCAUUGGUUUUCUUUUAUAUGCCGAAUCUAACCAUGUAUUUAGAAAUUUUAAUAAUAGGGCCUGUUUUUAAAUUUGUCCACAUUGAGGUCCAAAGGGUCCAAAAUUUAACUUUGUUUGAUUUGAAAAAAAAUAAAUUCUUUGGGUUCUUUGAUAUGCUGAAUCUAACCUUGUAAUUAGAUUUUGGAUAUUGGUCCAAUUUCAAUUUUUUGAGUUCUUUGACCACAUUCAGUCUGUGUCAGAAACCUAUGAUGUGUCAAAUAUUUAAUCGCAAUCCAAAUUUAGAGCUGUAUCAAGCUUGAAUAUGUAGUGUCCAUACUGGCCCAACUGUUCAAGGUUUGACCUCUGUGGUCGUAUCAAGCUGAGCCCUGCGGUAGCACUUUAUUGAAACUGUUUUAAUGGUUGUGCUGUUUACACAUUUUUUUUUAUUAAUAUUGCUAUAUUAUAUAUAUAUAAAUUUUAGUUGUAAUUUUUUUUAUGUUAUAUGUAUAUUAUAUGCAUCAGUUUUAGAAACUGUUUCAAUAGUUGUGCUGUUAUUUUAAUUUAUUUCAGUAUAUUGCAAUCAAUUAGCUUUUCCCUUUAAUUCCAUAUUAGCAAGUAUUGCAGUAAUACGCUAUCACUUGCGCUUUUAAGACUAGUUUAUUUUUUUUGUAUAUCAGUUUCAGCAAUAUUUGUUAUGAUUUUUAGAAAUGUCUAUAUUUUUUUUUAAUUCAGCAUUUUUCAGUAUUUCUAUAGUAUGUGUUUGCACCAACCAUUAUUUUUGUUUUGAUUUGUAUUUCAUUAUCGUAUGUUUACCAUGAAUUAGACACCAAUCAUCCAAUCCAAAAACAAAAUUGUUGUUGUUGUUGUUGUUGGGGGAGGGGCAUUGUCUUUUCUUUGAAAGUGGUGGAUUAUUGGAUUCAGAAGAAAAGUAGGACUGUAAAAAAGAUAAAAACACCAUUGCUCGUAUAUUCUUUGUGUUGUAUUUUCUCAUUAAAAUUUAAAAAAAUUCUCUUAUGAAAAACACUGAUCUGUUUACUCUUCGAAAAAAGACUACAAAUUGAAACAAACACAAUAUAUAUAUUCCAUAUAGCCUGACUUGUUAGGAUGGUACAGGUACAAAAUGUAAUUAUUUUGUGUGAUUAAACAAGUUUUAAGUGUGCAGAUUCGGCCCCCUUGACCAACCACUAGAUCAAUUGUCUUUAAAAAAAAAUAAACACAUGAUAAACAACCUGAAAAGUCCAUAUACAAAUAAGAUGACCACCAACAUUAACAAGGUAUAUCAAAGACAACACAUAAAAAGUUGAUUUCCAAAAUGUACAAAUGGAGACAAUUUAAUCUCAAAUUACCAAAAUUAUGAACAUUUUUCAUUCACUGUUGAUCAUGCUUCUUUUAAAUAACUACAUUCUGCUACACAAGAUCUACAACAGUAAGAGACAUCUCAACCAGAUACAUUGUAUAUCUCUUUUAAUAUUUGAAUAGAGCUCACAUAAACAGCUUUUAAUAAAACAUUUUCAAAGAAAUGAUUUUAAUGUUAUAAUUUACAAGUAUUCUCAGAAAUCAGAAUAUCUUGUUCACAAGCAUGAACCGUGCUGUGACUACAAUUUAAGUGUAACGUAAAGUCUUAUUGUUUUUAUACAACUAAGUAUCAAAAUUCAAAAGGAAAUGGCUGGUUCUGGUAAUAUUUACAGUAUAUCUGUUUAUUAAACCCUGCUUUCUAAAUGGUCACACUUUUUGUAUCCAUAACUGCUCCUGAACUACUUGAAAGAAUGAUGUGAAAAUUUCACAGAACCUUAUUAGUUUUUUGAGAUGUAAGCCAACAAAGUGCAGUUUUACCCAUUUAUCUAUUUCUGAUGGACAUAUUAAUGAAUUCACUGAUGGAUGAACGGGCGACCACACCCUUCACAAUAUACAGCAAAUUUAGACAAUACAAUGUCAAUUCAUUAAUUAAAAGGAAUGGUCUUAUCUAAAAAUAUCAAACAAUCUAUUAAUCCCCGUUUAAAACAGAGGCCUCUAAUGAAUCUGUGUCGCUCAUCUAGGUUUAUGCACAUCUUCAACAAUGGGACACUUUCCAACAUUUUAGACUAGAAUAUAAUUCAUGACUUAAAUCUAUUUUUUUUUGUUGGACUUGUAUUGCUGGAUAAUUUUUUUUCUGCUAAGUUUCUCUCUAAUCGUCUAUAGUUUUUGCACAAAACACAAAAAAAGGUAAACAAAAUCUUUACUUAAGGACAAUGCCUCCUAUAGGAAGACAACUUACAAUUUCAUCAAUACCGACCUAUUUGCAGAUCUUGACUUGGCUGUUUAAAGUUUCUAUCUAUCUAUUAUAUUUUCAAGAUAAUAGUCAAAUACACAAAAAAUGUAAAAAUCGUCAUUAAAGGGCGAUAACUCAAAUUAGGGAAUCAUCUUGUUUUGCUGAUAACUUAUGCAAUAUAAACUUUCUAUCUAUGUACUAUAAUUUUCAAGAUAAUAUACAAAAAUGCAACAAAAUGGUAAAAAUCGUCAUUAAAGGGCAAUAGUUUCUAUGAGGAGUGAACUUACGAUUUCAGCCAUGUCGACUUAUUUGUGGUCUUUUUCGUGCUCAUCAUUUUGUCUUCCUUUUAUAAUUUUCAAGAAAACCGGCACAACAAAUAGUAAUAUUCGUGAUUUAAUGUAGUAUGGGUGUCUUCCUCAUCUUGGAUUUUGAAAUAGCAGAUAACAAUCGGUCUAGAUCUUUAAUGACGACUCCAUUUUUUUCUUUUUCUCAUCUGAAAGCAUAUUAUUAGAGCUAUCCUCAUAAUAAAUCUUAUAAUUCUA